AUGGAGGAGGAGUUAGCCAACUUGAACUUGCUGGAUGAUAAGGAGGAGGCGUUCCAAGGGGAUAUAACGGUUGUAGAGCGGAACUACCAGUUUUGUUUGGUGGGGCGAUGCCUUACAGACAGUGUUGUUCAUUUCUCGUCUCUACAUAAUACGAUGGCGGACCUUUGGCAUCCAAUCGGAGGAAUUUGCAUUACGGAUUUAAGGGACAAACGGUACCUAUUCCAAUUUUUUAAUGACGUUGAUGUCCAAAGGGUAGCUACUGGCACGCCAUGGUUUUUUAAUAAUCACCUGCUGAUACUGCAAAGAAUUCAAAAUGGAGAAAAUCCGUUAGAUUUGGCGUUAAAUUUUAUGGAGUUUUGGGUUCAAAUUCAUGAACUGCCAUCAAGUCUAAUGAAUGAAACUAUGGCUAAUCAGUUUGGAGAUUGUUUGGGAAAAUUUCUUGACUUUGAUAAUUCCAAUCCAGUCUCGGGGAAUCAAAAAUAUAUGCGCAUUCGUGUUCGGUUGGAUGUAACUGGCCCGUUAAAACGCAAGAAAAAGAUCCAGAUUGGGAAAGGUAUGGCUGUUUACGCUCGCUUUAAAUAUGAAAAGUUAAGUUUGUUUUGCUUCAUUUGUGGAAGAUUGGGACAUGGUGAGAGUUACUGCCCUUUUUGUCUUAAAAUCGAACCAUCAAAAAUUAUUUUUGGCUGGGAUCUAUCACUACGUGCGGCACCGAGACGCCGGAAUACAGUGGUGAGUAGGUGGUUGCGUGAAGCUGAUGGGUCACAGUGUUGUGGUGAAAAUAUGGAAAGUUUCAAUCAAGGCAGUAAUUUUAAUAAGAUGAGAGAUUCGGGGAGGCAAUCAGGGGAGAAUAUUGGGAAUCAACUAUCAAAUCCCAAUUUAAUUCCUUUGGGAUCAAAUCACCAGUAUUGCCUUAAUGGGCAGAGUAACUGGCGUAAUUAG